ACAGACUAAUGAAUAAAAUACAUUUGCAAGUGUAACAAAACCCUCUGCACAUGCCUCUCACAACAAACCAUGGCAGCAGUAAACUGAUAGCAGUUAAACAGUUCCUUCUAUUGUGACACACCACAACACAGUGCCAUAUAUUUGCCGUUUAUUUAUAUUUAAAUUAGUAUCAUUUUUCAUAUUGCCCUUAACCACUAAGCAUUCUGCAGAGGGAAUUGAUAUAAUACACUGAAAUCUGAUCUAUAGUUUUUCCUUUGCAUGUUUUUAAUCAGCAAGGUCAGAUUGAGUAGAUAUCCGUAUAAGACAACGGGGGAGUAGAGAGUUUAGCAAGCCCAAGCCCUCUAUCAGGAACAGGUCAAUUACAGUGGUAGCAAGCAUUAAGACUCCUCUGUAAAAUCCCCAGGCAUUAUGGGGCUUCUGCAUCAAGUCCACCUACAGACCAGAUGUGUCUCGAUGCCUGCACUAUGCACUAGUGGCUUCUGGUAUACUUCACCCCCAUCACAGCUGCUAAGAUGCGUGCCCAGCGGCUGGACUGUCCUGUACUGCUGAUGCAAUUAGAAUGGCUGUGCAAUUUAUUACCGUGCUGUGUAGACACUUUUACUCUCUAGAUCCUGCAAUCUCUGAUGGAGGGAUUAGGAAAAGAGUGUAGGAGUAAGAGGAUGGCCUGUAGGGAGGUCAAGGAAGGAAAGAAAGCCCUACUGCUGCUCAUAGCCAUCAGUGAGAAGGCAGACAAUGAAACGAGCUCAGCAGAAGUGUGAGGCUGAGAGAGACAAUACUAUUUAGCAUUCUGCUGAGAUUCACUAUGUCUGUGCUUUCUGAAUAAAUAAAAUCAAAUAGUUUUACAAAUAUCUCUCUUAGUCAUGUCUAUUAUAUAAAUGUAUACAGACAAUAAUUUAGUUAAUAAGUUGAAGGGCAGUUGUUGACAAUAAAUGACAAGGUAAACACACUCAAAUAGCAUUGUUUCAUAAAUUGAAGGGUUUUUUUAUACAUAUGAUGAGGUCCAGCAGCAGUAUACUUUACUCUCCUGGGCAGGGAACCAACCCAGCCACCGAGGGGUUAACUCUCAAUGCUGGUCCCAAGCAUAAAAUGGGAGGAUUGUGUCAGGAAGGACAUCCGGUGCAAAACCGAUGCCAGCAUAAAAAAAAUCGGAUGAUCGGCUGUGGCGACUCCGAACAGGGAGCAGCCGAAAGACAAAACAACAUUAUAGAAGACUUUGUGGAUAUAGCUGGCUCUGCAGGACCUGGGAAUGGAGUCAACCUCGCUGGAUGAUGUCCUUUAUCGCUACGCCAGUUUUCGGAACCUGGUGGAUCCUAUUACACACGACCUCAUUAUCAGUUUGGCCAGAUACGUUCAUUGCCCAAAGACGGAAGGUGAUUCUCUGGGAGCAAUGGAGAAGGUGUGCCGUCAGCUGACCUACCAUCUGAGUCCACACUCACAGUGGAGACGCCAGGGCCUGCUGAAGAGGAAACCUCAGGCAUGCCUAAAAGCCGUUCUUUCUAAUCCGCCGGCCAACGGAACGUUAGACCUCUCCGGUAUUCCUCUGGGAGUGAAGGAUAUGGAGCGGCUGUGCUCACACCUGCAGCGGUAUGCGUCUCGUGUUUCCAGCCUUGAGCUGGGAUUCACAGAGCUCACAGACGAAGCCUUUCUUCUACUCCUACCCACACUGGCCUCAUUGCCUCGGCUUGAAACACUGGCACUCAACGGCAACAGGCUGACACGAGCCGUGCUCAAGGAGCUGACAGACACACUGAAGGAACCUGAUCGCUUCCCGAGCAUCACAUGGAUAGACCUUGGAAACAACGUAGACAUCUUCUCGCUGCCACAGUCGUUCCUAGUGAGCCUUCGGAAGCGUUGCCCCAAGCAGGGCAACCUGCCUACCAUCCUGGAGUUUGGGGAGAGCCAGGCAAGUGAGCCAGAAGCCCGUCCAGAUGAGGAUGACACGGAUAACACCGACGAUACAAACAAGACACUGAGCUUGGGCGAGCUCAGGUCUGAGGUGGACUGUGAUAUAGACGGAGAGAUGGAGAUCGAAGAGAUGAUGGAGGAGCUGCUUGACUUUGAUAGGGAGGUCAGAGGUCCAGAUGAUGAGGACAGUGUGUGGACCAUGGAGGAGCUGAGGGCUGCAAGAAGGCCAUAUGAAAUACAAAACAGUGCGAAAAAAGCAACUAAGGCUGAAGGUGAAGAGGACACACACAGCCGGAGUUCACAGCUGUCAUGUUCUAGUCAGUCGCAGGACUCUUCAGCAGCGUUCGGGGAUGCGAGAAAGGGCACUGGUAUGGAUCAGGUGCCCUGUUCUUCAGGCAACCUGACCUGAGCAGCCUUGCUCAAUUUAGAAAUUGUAGCCUAUAAACCUGUCUUGUUCAGAGAGUCAGGAGAAACCCUGCAUUACAGGUCCGGACUGUUAACAGGUCAUAGUGAUGAAUAUCAAGGUGUUAAAAGGUUGGAGGGAUGACUCAUUUAAAAGUAAGGGACUAUGUGGUAAAUAAAUUAUAUUUUGUGUAUAUUAUGCAUAAAAUGAAAUCCUAUACCACUUGUGAGGUAUACCAAUCAUAUUAUAUAGAGUAAGGUAAGAUACGUAAGUUUAUAUGCUUCUCUUUCAGGUAAUACCCCUUGGUUAUAUGGUCCUAUCUACAGAAUUUACCUAUGUGCCUGUCUGACCCUGUUAAAAAGGAGUGUGUGCAGAUGUGUGAUGGUCUCUGAGUGUGUGCGCAUGUUUUCCCAGUGCACACGGUGAUUGAGAUAUGGAGACAAACUCACCAGCCUGACAUUAUAGUCUAGCUUGGACAUAUCCUUCUCCGUCUAUGCAUCUGUUUCUACAUCCCAAGCAAGAAAACAUUUUAAGCAGCCUUUGAAAUGCAUGCCCCAUGUGUCAGAACAGCCUGUACUCCUGAAGAAAAAGCAAGAGGAAACCAAAUACUUCAACGAUUCCCUCAGUUCAACUUUAGAAAAUUUAUUGUGCUUUAUAAUGGACUGACACCAAAGACUGAAGGACAGAAUAACAUUAAAAUGAGCAGAAAUGUCCUGAUUAUUACAACAUAUUGAAAUGUAUCAAAGCUUUGCUCUUCCUUUUAUACAGGCAUUCUAAUCUGCUAUAUAAUUGCAAUUUAUUUGGUAUAUUUUUAAUAUAAUUACCCAGACAUUGUAUUAUAGAGGAUUUGUUUGAAAGUUCAAUUUACCAGUUAUGACACAUUUAUAGCUUCCAUUUAUUGACUGAAUAUUUCAUCACCAGCGCAUAGUCAUGCACCAGUAGGUCCAAUCUUCAACAUAUUCAGUAUCUUGAAUAUAGUUUAUUUCACGGCUCGUAUUAUCCCUCAACGUAAUACAUACAAAAUCAGUGAAUGAGCCAUUUUCAGGUAUUAGUCUGUUAUUCUGCUCUUUUACAGAGUUUCUGUAAUAAAUAUCUUAUUUUGUAAGGACCCUA